GGGAGAGUAUGGUAUCUAACGCUACACGAAAUAUUCUACAAUGGAAGUUAUGGAAGGGUGGGGAUGGACAGAGAGAUGAGGGAGGGCUGAUAUAUGUGCUCAGGAACAAUCCGUCGCCGCACGUCUAUAUACAUCAAGGUCAUGCUCGAAAUGUUAUUCUAUUUCGGUGGUAUACAAUAGAGACCAAGGGCUCACAUGAAUUGAUAACAUUUUCGUAGGAAGAGUACCAAUGCAAAGUACCAAUGCAAAUGACCUGUCUGUAAAAUCUUCUUCUUAAUUUGAUUUGACACCAAGAGAUUUCUUCUGAGACAUCAUGUUCUGUCCAACGUCUGCAUGCCAACCAGGCUGUCGCCUUUUCCCUUUGGCUUUAAUGCUGCUUCUCCUUAGGGCCUCAUCACUCGGAUCUGGAAUAGAUUCUAUUUCAGUUGAGACCAGUCCAACUUCCAUCAACAUAUCCUGGGUGAUAUCAUCAGGGUCGUCUUGGGAUUAUUACACCUUGGAGGUCAUCAAGUCAUCUCGGUCUCUGAGUGGUUAUCCGACCAAUACCACCGGAACAACACAUCUAAUAACUGGACUCGACCCUGAGAGAUUGUUCACUAUAACUGUGACACCUUGGAACGCUGAGGGCGCAGGAGAUUCAUUGACAGAAAAUGCUACUACAGAAGCGAUCCCCGAAGGAGUCAUAUUGGUGUCUGAUGUGACGUCAUCGUCCGCGUUUCUUCAAUGGAGAGCCGUUGAAGGAGUCCUCUUCUAUACGAUAGUCGCUGAACCAAGUGAUGCCGUCGGGCUGUUAGGGGGUAUCUUUGAAGAGGAAGUCGGACUGACCAUUCUACUUCCGGGUACAGUGUUCAAUGUGACUUUACAAAAUGGCCAAACAUUAAUGGAGCUUGCAUCAACGCAAAUAAGAAGCGCACCCGAGAGUCCAGUAAACAUUUCUGUUAAAGAAAUUGGUACAACCAUGGCAACACUCUCUUGGAUCCCUCCUUCUAGUUCACAUGACGCAUACGAGUUCUACGUCAUCAACAAUUCAACCAAUGAGAGGUUACUGAUUACAACGGCACAGCGUGGUGACGUCAGCGAUAAUAUGGAGACGUUACCUGAUCUAUCACCCGCUACGAUUUAUUUAUUUGAAGUUGGAUCUGUACUGAACCCUAUGGAUUCUUUCCGAUUACAGAGGAGUGAUGAGGAUGACAAUCCGACAAUUUAUGUUCGAACUGGUCCCGAAGCUCCGUUGGAUAUCGUUAUAAACGGUAUCACCGAAAGUUCAAUCGAAGUGACGCUGAUACCCCCAAGAAGCCACCAUGAUGGAUACGAGAUCAUCUUAUCUUAUUCAACAACAAACCAGACGACAUAUAAUUCAACCAUCCAGAUGGAGGAAAAUGUGGCCUACAACUGGACCAGUUCGGGUUUGUCCUUCUCCACCGACUACACUUUAGUGGUUGGAACGUUUCUCAACGUAGAGGGCUCUUUUCCGUUCCAGAGGAGUGAAAAUAACCUGAUGAAGACAUUUAAAACAGGAAGCGCCGUUGCUCUCAACCUUCAUUACGUCCUUCUUCUUAUCACUGCCUUCCUGUCUCUCUUACUUGUUUGAACUAACACAAGGGAUUUUAAAGAAUCGGCAAGCAAUUUUGAAGGACACCAUCAAGACCAGCCGAUAACAAACUUGGAAGACAGCGAAAUGGAUAUAAUAAGAAACUAGACAUAUGCACAAAAGGCAACAUGAUAAAUAAAUUACAAAUUAAAGUAAACGGAAAUUCACGUCAAUGCGUAAGAAAUCUCGUCAACGUUACCCGAUUUCUAAUUAAUGCAACAGCUGUGUCAAAAAUGGUGCACAAAUAUCACAACAUGAAUUGUUUUGUAAGAUCUGAUCCGAAAAGUAAGUUAACUCAAUAAUAUUUGAAAUUGAUAUUGACUAUUAAAAAGACCGAUCUAAAAAUCAAAGCUGACGUAAUCAAACUUGAAAAUAAGAACAAAAAAUCAUCUUCAGAUUGUCUUUUACAAUCCGAACCAAAAAGGAACGUUGACACAAUCAGACAUAAAAACGGAACAAAGUCCCACUAGAUGGACUUGUACAAUCAAAUAACAAAAGUAAGUUGGUGCACUCAGAAUUGAAAAUAAAAUAACAAAUCGCAAUUAGAUUUACUGCUACAGUCCGAUUUAACGCUGUGUUGACGCAAUCAAACUUGAAAAUAUGAAAAAGAUAAUAAUCAGAUUGUCUCGAACAAUCCGAACCAUAAAGUAACGCAAUUGACGCAAUCAUAAUUGAAACAACAACAACAAACAAAGUCAACUGACUGACUCGAACAAGCUGAUAAAAAAUUAAGUUGACGCAAUCAGACUUUAAAAUAAUUAACCGAAAUCUUUAUCAGAUUGACUCGUAAAAUCAAACAAAAAUUAAAUUGACGUUAUCAGAAGUGAAGGUGAUAAAACAAAUUUACCAGGUUCACUGGUACAGGCUGUUCCAAAAAGUAAGUUGACGCUUAUCAGAUAUGGACUCAAUAAUAAAACAAAGUCACCAUUAGACAUGUUAGAUGUGCUGCUACAGUCCGAUCCAAUGCUAACUUGACGCAAUCAGACUUGAAAAAAUGAAAACAAAGUCACCAUCAGAUUGACUCGCACAAAAAGACUUGAAAAUAAUAAAAUGAAGCCAAUAGGUUGACUGGUACAAUGAAAUCCAAAAAGUAAGUUGACGCAAUGAGACGUUAAAAAAAACAGUCCCCACCAAAUUGAUUCGUACAAUAAAAAAUGUUAGUCGUCGUAAUCAGACUUGAAGAGGAUAUUAAUUGACUGCUACACUCCAAUUUCCGGUGCUUAGUAAAUACAAUCAGACAUGAAAAUAACACAACAAAGUCUUAUUCAUAUUGUUUCGAACAUUCCGACCUAAAAAGUAAAUUGAUGCAGUCAGAUUCAAAAAUCAUAAAAAAGAAAAUUACCGGAAUGACAAGUACACUUGUUGACGCAGCGAGACAUUUUAAAAACAAACUCGCCAUCAGAUUGACUCGUAUUUUCAGAUCCAAAAAAUAAAUUGACGCAAACUGACUUGGAAAUAAUAAAAAUUAUCAGAUAGACGGGUACAAUCCGACCCAAUGCUAAGUUGCCACAACUACUGUAAGGUUCAUUUAUUAAGCCAUAUUGUUUACAAUUUUAAACAGUGUUUCAAAUUUUUAA